UCCUCAAGCACCCCCAAAGAAUCUGUUUCAACCUCCAAUUCCUGAUAACCCUUCUCAACAACCCAGCCAACAGAGAAGUGAACCGCCUUCAUCUCAGCGUCUAAAGCCGAAGAUGCCAAAAGAGGGAAUUGAAAAGCAGCUUCCAUCUUGCCCGACCUGGAUCUUAACACAGCACCGCCGGACGCCCCCUCAGAAGAAAAGGAAGCAUCGAUGUUCAAUUUGUACUCCAGAUCAGGCAUGAGCGAAGGAGAAUAUAGUGCUCCUUGAUCUUCUAACAGCCUUAAAAGCAGAUGAAAUGGUGAAUCUGCCAUCUUUUUCAGGAUGUUGUUCACCUCAUGAACCUCUUCAUGCGCAAAAAUAUUCUGAAAAUACUCCUCUGCAGCAACGCCAAUGGAUUCUGAAUCAGUGCACAAUCUACCAGCCUUGUCUUUAAUUGCAGAUAAGAAUUGCAUCCUUCUUCUUAUAUUUACAUAUGCAUGAUAAAAUUUAGUAUUAGCAUCCCCAUCUUUCAGCCACCUAAUAUGUGCUCUUUGCCUCCAAAACUCAUUUUCCUGUUUAUGUCUAGUAAGAAGUAAAGCUUGUUUGAAGGACCAGUCCUCUCUGUGAGCCUCAGUAGGAUCUGAAUCAAAUAAAACCUCUGCUGCAGUAACCUCCUCUUCCAACCUUUUGAUAUCUUGAAAGAUAUCCCCAAAAAUAUCUCUAUUCCAUAUCUUAAGAGACUUUUUAAGAUGGUGAAGUUUAUUGUACAGCCCUCUCAUUCCUCCAGUAGUAGCACAUUCAUUCCAAAAUUUGGUAACAACUUCUAAAAAAUUUGGAUGUGAAAUCCAAAUAUUUUGAAAUUUAAAAGAUUUAGGACCCACCAAAACCUGAUUUUUGCACUGUAAUAGGAUUGGAGAAUGGUCAGAAGAGGCCUUGUUGAGAUGACUGAUCUGGAUAGUAUCAUAUUGGUCCAGGAAAGAAGAGUUAAACAACAAUCUGUCCAAUCUACGCCACACCCUUCCAUUGGCUCUAACCCCAGACCAGGUGAAGGGAGAUCCAAGAUAAGAUGCCAAAUUUGCAAGUAGCUCAGAAUCAGUUUGGACCGAAGAAUAGCUCAAAAACUAUUCUUUUUAUUAAUCAUCUUUAGAAUUGAAGAAUCUGUCCAAAUUGGACUGCAAAUUGGCUUGAUUCAGAUAAUCACCUUUGGACAAAAAUGGGCGGCUUUGAGAUAUACAGAGAAUUCGACCAAGUCAGUUUAGAGGGUGCGAAGGUGACUGAUUUCUUCACUGUCGCAUGGGGAUUGACCAUAAUCUUGGCGUCGAACGUCUUGGUAGCGCUGGCGGAUAGUGUGGCAGUGAUAUUUGUUUCCGGCAACCAACUUCUCGGCCAUGGAAAAAAGAUGGAAAGAUGAGAAAGAAAAAGGGGAUUAUAGAAGGCAAGAGAUGGGUGUCAUCAGGAAAGAAACGAAAAUCCUAUUGUUACACAAAAUCCAUACACACACAUACACACUAUAAAUAAUCCAAAAAAAAUUUACCCCCCUUUCCCCACCUCAGCCAAUUCCACACGUGCACACAUCCAAAAAAUCUCUCCCGCUCCCAAAAAAAUCUCCCGCAUCCCACCACCCCCCCUCGCGCAUCCCACCUGCCCCUUCGCCCAUCACACUUCCCAAACCCCGUCGCCAACCUUCUCCCUUCAACGAAGGGUUCCUCGCCGGCGCCAACCAUCCACGAACUGUCGCCGCCGCUAACCAUCCACGAACCCUCGACGCCGCUAACCAUCCACGAACCCUCGUCGCCGCUAACCCUCCACCCUCGUCGCCACUAACCCUCCACGCACAGUCGUCGCCACGAACCCUCCUCCCGCCGACCUCCGUUUCAGUUGACAAUGGUCCGAACCCCGCUAUCAACCAUGACUGAAAGGGCACUUGAACUUAAGAUUCCAUUGAGCAAGCAUUUCCCUGCACAGUAUUCUAUGUGUUCUGACUACAAAUGUGCCAGGAAGUGCAUUACCGACAUGUUGUCUAAGAAAGAAUUGUCAACAUUCCGGAACACACCGUGGGGUCACCUUUUGGAUAUACCGGACAUUCAGUUUUGUGCCCAAAUUGUGCACAUGUUGCUCUUACGCCUUGUGAAGCAACAGCCUGAAGAUGAGCUCUGGUUCAAUGUGGAGGGUAAAAUUGUAGAAUUCACAUACAAUGAUUUCUGCCGCAUUACCGGAUUACCAGUGGCAGCCCCCAGACCUGUCGUGGCCGAAGAAGUUGAAGAAAAUUCUGAUGAACAGGCUGAAGAAGUGGAAGAACCUGGGGAGGUUGCUACCACAUACUUUAAAGGAUCUUUGGAUAUCACUUACUUGCAGUUGAUGGAGAGGGUUCAAAUGGUGCGUCCUACUAGAAAAGGCAGAGCGAUGCUAGGUGUGAAGCUUGCAUCCUUGUACAUGACUGAGAACGUAUUGCUCGGAAGAGACAGGUCAACAAGGAUUAGCAGGAGGUCUAUUCAGCUGGUAAAUGACUUUGAGGAGUUCAAGAAGGAGCCGUGGUCCAGAGACGCCUACCAUUCGCUGGUAACCGAUUUAAAGAAGCUUCUUGAUGGCCAGGAACAGAAGUUUUUCGACAAUAAAGCUAACAACCCUGAUUACAAAAAUGCAAAGUUCUCGGUCUACGGUUUCCCAUUGGUCCUACAGGUGUGGGCAUAUGAAAACUUACCUAAUUUUGGGGAACAUUUUGGCACACGUGUUGGUAAUCAUGAAGUCCCAAUAUUGAAUUGGUCAUGUCAUGGGAAAUUUCGGGCCUCUACGAUACGGAAUAUUUGCUUUGCUAAUGAGGUGCCUACCCCCCUUCUUCCGAUAAUGAAGAUGAAGAUGAAGACAAUCUUGAAGUACAAACAAGGGAAAGGGUGCAACAAAUGUGUGUGAACAUUGAAGAAAUCAAAACAAGUCUUCAAAGGCUGGAGAAAAGGGUGGAUGAGCAGCUUGGUGGAGUAAAAGACCUGCUGCUUCAGGUUAUUGAUAAAGUCAACAUUGCUUUACAGGAAAAGGGGGGUCCAUCUGCCCCAAGUCAUCAUGAAAAAGACACGGAAGUUUGUGCACCACAUGGUGAAGAUCAAAAUAUGUCUACACAUGGUGUUGACAAUGCUAGGACCGUGGGUGAAGGAGAUAAUUCUGUUCCUGUUAUUCCUGAAGAUCAGAAUAUGUUUACUGAGCCUAUUGCAACUGAGGCUGAAGAAGAUAACUCCAACGAUGUUGUUGGUGAACAACAAAAGGGACUACAAACUGAUCCUGUAAUGAAUGUAGUGGCUGAGUUGAAGGAGGGUACUCUUGAAGAACACAUGUAUGAGGACUGUCCCACUCCCACAGAUCUUUUGAUCUCCUUGAAUGAGGUGGGAGAUGACUCUGCUUUGACACCCCACGCUCCUUUUGCAAACUUGGAUUGGGACCUUGGUGAUGAAGUUGGAACCGGCGGUGUAGACAUGAUGGCCCUCGAAGAAGCUACUAUGAAAGAAGUGAGGAAGAGAAAGAGGUUGCCGUCAAAGUACAUUUGCAGCCCAUUCAUAGCUCCCGCCGCAAAGAGGCCUAAGGUUGGAGGCACCAAUAACCGAGCUCUACCACAACAAAGUGAUGAAGAAUGUCAAUCCUUCAAGGCAUGGGUGGAGGAAGAUGAUGAGGUUGAACCGUGCGUAAUUGAGAUAGCUAUCCCAUCAUCUUACCCGACAAAUAGGGCCUUCUUCCGAGAACUGAUUGAUGAAACCGGAUGGCUAAGCAGCCAAGUGAUUGAAUAUAUGGACUAUUUCAUUUUACAAUAUUUUAGUUCAAUGGUUUUUUUAGGCUUUGAUAAUUUUUUUUAGCAUUUGGAUGCACUUGUUCUUCUGUUUCGCGAAUGCAUACACGCCGAGGCCUAUGAACUCUUGAGUCCUUUGUUCGCGUACCAACUUUUACGGAAGAAUAUAGAUGACGAUUCACAAUGGAGUGGGGAUCGAUUGCUUAACAAAAUGGACUGGAGCUGGUAUGAUAAGGUGUUCAUGCCAUUGCACAGUGAUGGAAAACACUGGGUGCUGUCUGAAAUUGACCUUGUCAAUAGAAUCGUACGGGUAUACGAUUCUAUGAAGACCCGUAGGUUAGUUGGAUCUGUGAGGCUGUUGUGUGUGAGACUUCCACACCUGUUUCGAGUCAUAAAAUGCAACCCUGCUCUAAGCGCCACAGCAAAUUCACAGCCUUGGAAAGCGGAGGCAGUGGACGAUGUUCCACAACAGCACCCCGGGUCCGGUGUUUGCGGCGUCAUGGUUAUGGCCUUUGCCGAAGCACUGUUGCAGAAGUUGCCAUUGCUGCCCGAGUGUGCGUAUGAGAACAUGGAAGCGAAAAGAUGUGAAUUCGCAAUGAGGCUGUGGAGUUUGAGGAAGCGAUCAAGUUAGACAUAAUUAUUGGAGGAUGUGUUUGGGUGUACAACAUUUAUUUAACAUUACUUUUGGUUUUUGUGGCAACAUAUAUACAUACGAAGGAUGCUUUUGCUUGUGAAG